AUGGAAAGUACUCUGAUACAGACUUAAUCCUAGUAAAUAUCAACUGAUACUAGCACUCAAUUUGAAAAUCUGAGUAUUAACUAGAACUCCGAAAGAGAUUACUAUGAAUUUUACAGAUCUAUAGGUUCUCCAAAAUUUAUCGUAGCUCCAAUGGUAGACUAAUCAGAACUUCCUUAUAGAAUGCUUACUAGGAAAUACAAAGCCUAGCUUUGCUAUACACCGAUGUUCCACUCUCGAUUGUUCUCAGAAAGUGAAAACUACAGAAAGGAAUUCUUCACUCCUCAUCCUGAAGAUCGACCUCUGUCUGUCCAAUUCUGUGCAAAUGAUCCAAAUGUUCUCUUGAGAGCUGCCAAGUACGUAGAAAAUGACUGUGAUGCUGUUGAUAUCAAUUUCGGGUGUCCCCAGGGCAUAGCUAGGAAAGGCAAAUAUGGAUCGUUUUUAUUGGAAAAGACUGAACUGAUCAGAAGCUUAGUGACUAUUUUGGCUUAGAAUCUAAAGAUCCCAGUGACGUGCAAGAUGAGAUGCCUAUACUCGGAAGAGGACACCUUGAAGUUAGCUCAAGUGAUGUAGGAUGCUGGGUGCAGCAUGUUGGUCGUGCAUGGCAGGACAAGAGAACACAACAAGCAGUUUGUGGGACCUGCCAAUUGGUAUAUCAUAAAGCGAAUAAAGGAGACCUUAAAGAUUCCAGUUAUUGCUAAUGGAGGAUUAGGAACGUAUGAAGAUUGUAUCAGAUGCCUUGAAUAUACAGGAUGCGAUGGUGUAAUGUCCAGCGAGUCGAUAUUGGAAUACCCUGCCUUGUUUGACCCUUAGCCAUCACUAUACAAUCUUGAUCAAAUAGCAUUGGAGUAUAUGGAUAUGGUAGAUAAAUACCCUGGAGAAGCAGACUUGAAAAAUGUAAGGUCUCAUCUUCACAAGUUCUUGCAUUCAGGCUUUAAGGAGCAUACUGACCUGAGAGAAAAGUUAACGCUUGCAAAAUCUUAAGACGAGUUUAGAUAAAUAGUUAAGGAAAUGGUAGAGAGAAGAAAAGAUGUUAAACCUGAGGACAAAGUAGGCUGGUAUUACAGGUAUUGGCCUUCAGAGGGUAAGUCAAUAGAAACUACCUCAACCUGGUAAGACACUGAUUGGAACCUUUAGAUGUAAAUAGACCCUGUCUUCAACAAAAAGAACAAAAAGUAGGAGUAGAAAAUGAGGACGACUGCCGAGGUUAAAAAUGAAAAUAUAUUACUUGAAGGAGGUAUCGAUAUGAGUCUGGGCAGCUUCCUUGACGGCGAGAAUGAAGGCGAAAGUAAUGAGUGA